GCCUCUUUUCAGUCUUUCUUUCUUCCUUCUCCAUCCAUCAAGCACUUUCUCCAUCCGCCAGCCGAUUCACUCACAAGGCACACCGCCACCCACACGCUCAUUAACCCGCACGCCGCAAUGAAGUACGCCCUUUUCGCCCUCGCCCUCGCCGGCGCCGUCUCCGCACAGUCUAACAGCACCGCAAACUCCACAGAAAGCAUCCUCAUCCCGGCCAACAUCACCUCCUCCUGCUCUUCCUUCCUGUCCGAGCUCAACUCUGACUCCACCCUUUCAUCAUGCGUCACUCCCCUCAUCAACGCUACUGCCUCCUUCUCGCCCACCGCGGUCGCCUCCGCUAAUCUUACAGAGGACACGAUCAACUACACGUUGGCGUCUAUCUGCAAGGGCACAGGCGGAUGUGACGACUCGACUAUCCGGAAAUGGCUUGGCAAGUUCUACUCGGAAUGUUACGCCGAGUUGACUUCGUCCACCGGGUACAACUCGGAAGUCAGGGAGCUUUACGACAUUCUCUAUGUGGUGAACCCUUUGAAGGCCGCCGUUUGCGCGGUUGACUCUUCCAACCAGGAAUACUGUGUCAACGAGAUUGUCCAGUCCGAGUCCAUCUCCACCUCCAACUCCACCGCUUCCAAUUCCACCGCCGCCGACGACGCCUCUGCUUCUACCAACGCCACCGCCUUGUUCGCCAGCUUUGCCGCGGCCGACAGCGCCCUUUCUCCCGUCGAGGUUGCUGUUUCCAACCUCUACAUCGAGGUCUCCUCCGCCGCCUCUUCUUUGAAGAAGCGAUUCCUUGACACUGUCCUCUCUCGACGUGCCGCUCAGUCCGUCAACAUGGCUACCAUCAUCACCCCCAAUGUUACCACCUACAAGAACACCAACCUUCCUUUCCUCUUCCUUCAGUCCUCGAUGGAUUCUAGCGCCCUCUGUACCCCCUGCACUCGCGAAGUCAUGGUCGCUUACAUCAAAUGGGAAACUCAAAUGCCCUAUGCCCUUGGUCUCAGGCAGUCUCCUAUCCUUGGUGGCCAGUCUGCCCUCUGGUCUGCUAUCAACUCUACUUGCGGCACCGCGUACGUCAACGCCAUCACUUCUGAAGUUGGCUCGACCUUGAGCUCCUCCAACGGCUCUUCUUCCGGCGCCGAAAGCUUGUUUGUUGGUCAGGGCGGUCUUAGCGGCUUGACUGCGAUCGUUGGCGCGACGGUUGUGGCGGGUGUCAUGGGUCUUCUUAUCUAAGUCUCUCUAGAAGAGAUUAUAAUUCCAUUUGUAUCGUAAUCUUUCAACUUUUUGUUAUCCUUACUUUUACCUCUGUUGACAGAGGAUUUCAAUAAAUUAUACACGCUCCCGGACAUUGGCAUUUUCUGUUUAGCGCUUAUAUCUCUGAAAUGGCCUUACCGUGCCGGUAUACCUACGUAUCUUCCUUCCUUCCAGACGAAACGUAUCUAGAUUAGUUUAUAUACCCUCUUUAUUUUCAGGUGUUAAAUGGAUGUGUCUAGUGUGUGCUCCAUAUGCACGGCACUCUCAAACUUCGGCUCUGCUUUUGUCACGAUGCAAGUCUAUAAUUCAAUGCACG